UUUUUUAAUUUUCUCAUCUCUAUCACAUCGUCAUCGUCUGAAAUUUCUUUUUUUUUUUUAAAAAUGGCCUCAAAUAAUGAUUGGGAGACGGUUGGGAGUAAGAAGGGAUCAAAAAAUAUUAAAGUUACGAAUAAGGAUCAGCAGCAGAAUGCCUCCAGAAAGCAGCGUCCUAACAAUAACUUGGACAACAUGCCACGUAUUGAACCAAAUGCGCCGAUGAAAGAAUCCCCAACAAUUUAUCAGGCAUUUCUAGAGGAAGAACUCCGAAAGGAAAGAAAACUUCUAGAAAGUGAAAAAGAAAAUGCUAACAAGGAGGCUAAAAAACCAAGUGCUACAACAAUGAAAAGGAGAGAUAGAGCUCUUAGUUUAAAAGAUUGUCUUACAAAAUUACAAAUUGAAGAAUUUGAGUCAAUUCUGAAGAAAGAUGAGAUUUUGUAUCCAAAGAAUUCAAAUAUUUGGCUCCGAGAUAUUGCCUCCUUUCUCAAUUCACAACUUGAUCACAUCACUGAUUUUGAUCCCAUCAUUGCUAACAAGCCAAAUGUCCUAUCCAUUCAUUCAGAUUAUCCGGUGAGUGAGAUGCCCGAUACUCUGAAGAAGUAUUUAAUCGAGAAAUUCUCGUCAUUUUCAUCGGAGGCCAAUCUGUCGUUGCUCGAUUACUGCAUAGAAUCCCUAACCACCAACGCCAUUAAAGACCAAUCAUCAUAUGGCUUUCGCCUAAUCGUUCAAAUACUACUGCACAGUAGGCCUAACUUAGUCUUAGACCACCUCACUAAGUUUGAAUCUUUGUUACAACGCAAUUCAAACCGACCAAUCAAAGCCCUGGCCAUACUGUGGAGCGUCGGCCAGGUUGGAGUCACAUCCCUAAAUAAUGGGGUCAAAGUUUGGUUUGGAGUUAUGUUUUCAUUGGUGAACGUUCGAAACUUGAACAGCUACGUUCUGCAGUAUCUCGAGACUUUGUUUACAUCUCAUGGAUUUGAUUUAAGUGAUACAACAACAACAAAAUCUGAAAAAUCUCCAACAACAACAACAAAAUUGUCAUCAUCAUCGGCGUGCUACGACUGUGUAUCUAAGACAGAUUAUUUCAAAUAUCUCGGUGAGCUGUAUUCUGAAAGCUCCAUGCUUAGUAAGGAUUUGAAGACCAGACUUAAAUGUUUAUAUCCUGCCAUUAAGAAGUUAGCCUGGGGCGAUGCAUCAAAGACACUAAAUAGUUUCUUCACUGGCUAUCUAACUAGGUACACUAAUGAUUGUGCCGAUAGCAAGAAGAAAGAGUUGUUGGACUGUCUGAUUGAAUGUCUGAGAUUAGACGCGCAAUCGUUCGCUGCUUGGAGGAAAGAAUAUAAGAAAAACAUCAGCCAGUCACGCUUACUACUGCAGUACAUAAGCGAGCAUGAGUCGGAGUUGAAAUUGAAGAAGAGAGAGCUCAGCCAAACCGUUGACUACUUCCAAAUCGCCAACGACGAAUUGAUGCAGAAAGUCCCUAGAACGGCAUCACAAUCAACAACGUCAACCACAGCAGCAGCAACUACAGCAGCAGCAUCAUCGGUAUCGUCCGCCAAUCAGAAAGAGCUAGAGAUAAACGUUCAAUUAUGCAAUAGCUUAUCUCAGAAGCACAAAAAGUCAUCAGCCAGUAGAUGCACACGUCUGAUGAUGUCACUCUUUGUCAUCAUCUGUCUAUCUGUCAUCAUUCUGUUAUCAUUUGAUGUAUAUCACCAUGGCUCUACUAUGGAAUCCCUGACAUACAAGAAGUUAUCAGAAGCCGGUGUCAUUAAUGCCAUCGAUUACUUGUAUAAAAAUGCCAGAGACCAUUUGCAAGUUGCUCUCAAGUGGAUUUCAGACAACGUUCCACAGCAUCUGGAGAGAGCCCUAGAACUUGUGACGCCCUAUGUGCAGUUGUUGCUGAAAAAAAUAGCAUUAGCGUUUGAUUAUGCUAUGGACAAAACUACUAAUCAAAGAUUGUGGAUGGUAGAAAUGUUUCACUAUGCUCACAAUCAGCUCAUCAUAUACACACCUGGAUUGUUUCAAUGUCUGGAGUGGGUAUGUGAGCACGCUAUCAACAUGGCCAGCCUGAUGUUUGAUAACAUCUGUAGGCUCGUGGAAUCCAUCUAUAAAUAUCUGUCAAAUGAUGUCUUUGUUGGACAGCUAUCUCCACAAAACGUGAAAAAUUCAUUACUGGAGCUGUUGAAACUGGCACAGAAUAGCAUUCAAUCUGUCAUUGUUUGGGUCCAAGAAACUGCUUAUAAGAAAUGAUUCAUUUUAAUUAUUAUUCUAAUAAUUAUUAUAUAUUAUUAUUAUUUCUAAAUUAUUUAGUUAAGUUUAAUAAAGUCCGUUCACUUUGGUGUUUUAUGCUGUGUAUGUGAGGGUUAGUGACUUAUUGUACUGAUUCACUGACUGUUACUAUAUAUAAAAAUUACUGUUUACAAGUAAUUCGUUAAGUAAAAUUAAUUAAGUUUAAUAGUUAAGUUAAUUAAGGAUGGUCAAAAUAUUUUCUGAAUGUUAAUUAAUUUAUUUUGUCAUACUGAUUGAAUUUUAAUUAAGUUUUGUUUACUAAGUUGAUUGAUCUAUCAGUUUCCUCUCAUAUUAAGUCUGCAAACUUUUGUUUCCGAACGAAAUUAAAAA